UUAACUGCGUAUCUUUAAUGUCAUGUGAUACAAGGUGAAGGUCGCUAAGUGGACGAUGGGUUGUUGUUUCAGCGACAGCAGCGAUAAAGAUGGAGAUGAUCCAUAUUCGGGUGGACCAAAUGAAAGAGAUCGACUUCUUCCAGAACCAACCAGUGGUGGCCAAUCAGGACCAAGCUAUAAUACACCAUCUCAGAGAAAUGUGCAGAAAGUGGAUGAACCUUCAGCCCUAGAGAAAAUAUUACACAGAACAGUUAGGAAAAUAAUAGAUGUUUCUCCUGGUGAUACUGUAGAGCAACAGGAAUACAAUGAUAGAGCAUUUCAGUACAGCAAUAGAGUAAACAUGGUCUUAGGUGGCUCCUCUAAAAUUAGAGCAAGUCGACCUCCACUACCUAACAGCAUGACCGCUCCACAUAAUGUACUUAGUUCUGCACCUGUGUCAUUAGCUGACAUUCAACUGAUAACACAGGCAACCGAGAAAGCAGCACAGGCCUUAGGUAAAGUACGAGUACAUCACAAAGAAGACCUUGUUGUACCAUUUGGAGUCCCCUGAAGGUUUGAGGACUGCUAAGUUUGUGUUUAAUAUAGAAUGCAUGGACAAAGUUUGUGACUGUUGACUGAGUUACGUCAGAGUUUAUUUCAUUCCAUCUUGUGUUACGACUAAGUCAGUGUUUGUUCAGGGAGGACUGAAAUCACUAUAUUUCAGUCUUAUUUUUAAUGAUUUUAUAACAUUUUGUGUAUUACAUGAUAUUCCACUUUACUUUAAUUCAAACUGUAUAGAUUAUGAUAAUACUGUAAACAUACUUAAUUUAGUGGUGAUUAUAUUUUAGCACCCCUUGUGUUGCUCCAUAUGCUACGUAUGUUGCUGCUAAUUCAUGUACAUACUAAUUCAUGAUUUAAACCAUUACUAUCGUCUAUAAGACCCAAGUGUGUUAAUUUAUAAUUGCACUUAUCAGUUGAGUAUGAAGAUUUUGCUAAAUUUUGAAUACACUCAAUUUAUGUACAUUUACAGUCAAGUUUUAUUUUGCAACAGUGAAUCAUAUUUUUUGCAUAAUUAGCAAUUAAUUUGUAUUGCCUGUGGAUGAAGGGGAUUAUCUUAACAUAUAUACAUGUAUUUCUUUGUGCAAUAUACUUUUACGUGUAAAAAUGAGCAGCACUAUGAGAAAUUGAUUUGUGGGUGCAAUUUAUAUAACAGAAUUGUUUAUAUUUUAACCAUUUUAUCUGCUUUUGGACUCCUCCUUUUAAAAUAGAAGCACAAUUUGUCCAUACCCUUCUAAAAACAGGAAACAAAGUUUAACUGUUAAGAUUCUUAAUGAGUUUGAUCAAACAAAUCAAAAUAAAUGUGUCUUAUUCAUUAAAUGCAUGUACAAGUUUUGUCUCCAUUGUUUCCAUUUGAGAUUUGUAUUUUGUGCAAGAGUAAAAUCAUAUAUUGAUGAAAGAUUGUAAGAAUACUUGAAGAAUUGCAUUGAAAACUGUGAUAAGUUACGGUACAUAUUUUGUAAAUAAUAGUGGUACUGCUAUGGCAUGCUGUUGUGUUCAGUGAGAGAGUUCUUAUGUAUGAAAGAAUGUUAUUGUUGGGCUUCAUUAGCAGGUCACCCGAGUUAAACAACAUUUUGUAUUCUCUGAUCAUGUAAAUAGAUAUAAGAAUACAGUAUUUAUGGUGCAUUUAGAUUUGACAUGUUGUACUGUACACAAGAUACAGUAAAACACGCUUAUAAUGAAGUGCCAGGGUUGGAAGAUUUUGCUUCAUUAUUUAUCUGUCAAGUUCACAAUAUGUUCUAAAGCCAAUGGGAAUGAAUUCAUUUCACUGUAAGCAUCAGUAUAUUAUGUGUGUUUGCUAUAAGUGUGUUUUACUGUAUACUUUGUAUAUUUCAUUUGACAGAGAUAUACAUGUAUUAUCUGUAAUACAUAAUGCAAGAAUAUUAGGGUUGGUUAAUUAAUGUAUAAUACACAUAAUCAUCUAAAAUCAUUAAUCAAUGGGCCUUUUUUUAGUAAUUAAAAGGAAAUAUGAAUGUUUAUUUUCUUUAAUGUAUACCAUGGAGAAUAAAUGACCAAGUAAUCAUUUGUUAAAAUUGGUCAUAUUCAAAUUGUACAUGUACUUUAUAUUUGAUUCUGAAUGUUUUUCAUGAGAAUCUAAAUGAAAAUACACAUGUUAGGGAAGAACAUGACAUGUAAAUUAAUAUAGAACGGAUUAGAUAUAUAUAUAUAUAUAUAUAUAUAUACAGGAAAAUCUCUUGCUUUCAAAAAAAAAAAAAAAAAAAAAAUCCAUAUACCGGGUACAUUUUUAGUGUGAAUUAGAAAAUUUAGAAGGAAAACACUGAAUAUUUAUACUUUAGAUUCUUGAUGGAAUAUCAAACAUCUGAACUACUUGUAUUACUGUAAACCAACUUUUAUUCGCGUGCGAGAAAUAUUCGCAAGUUUCGCGUCUUUCAUUUACUCGUGAAUAUUAAUCGCCGCGAAUCAUUUAUUUUGCUUUGUAUUUGUAGAGAAUGUUUCCUCAGUCAUGAAAAUUAAUCGUUGCAGAUUGAUUUCAAACUGAUGAAUCGUGAAUAAAAGAUGACGUGAAUAAUAGUUGGUUUACAGUAUGUUGGCCUCAAGAUAUAUAACAUUUAAAACAAUAGGCAAAGUUGACAUCUUUUCUAGAUUUUUGAUAAACUUCAACUUGUGUAAUAAAAAUGUAUAUGUGUUAUGAUGUUAUAAGGAAGGUUUAUCCUUUCUUAACAUGUAACCCCCCCCCCCCUUUAUUGCUUUGCAUAAAAACUUGAGUAUUUAUUUUGAACAAGUACAUCAGUGUGUAGUGUCAUCGAUGUACAAAUGUACAAAUUUGCUUUUAUGCAAUUGAUAUCGAUAAUAAAAUGAAUGGCUACAACAAAA